UUGGGGGCGCUCAGUGGCAGACAUCAGUCUACAGGUUCCAGGAGUUCAUAAUGUCCUAAAUUCACUAGCAGUUAUUGCCACUGUGAUUGCAUUAUACAAUAACCAACGUGAAAUUAACAAUACAAUAAAUGGUUUGAGGUUGCAUUUGAACAAUUUUAUAGGCGUUUCAAGACGUUUUGAAAUGAUUGGCACAAUAUGUGGAUGCGAUAUAUAUGAUGAUUAUGCCCAUCAUCCAAUGGAAGUUCAAGCAGUUAUUCAAGCUGCCUGCCAGAAGUUCCCUAUCAAGUCUCUUUUAGUGGUAUUUCAGAAUCAUACUUACAGUCGUUUAGCAGCACUGAAGGAUGAUUUUGCCAUUGCCCUCUGUGGUGCAGAUCAAGUUGUAGUUACAGAGGUUUAUGCUGCUAGAGAAAUAGAUGUUGGGAACGUUGGUGGAAGGGAGUUAGCUGCUUCUGUAAUCGCCCGCCAUGUGAAUACAUCCCUUCUCUGGGUGAUGUGGUAGAGAGGUUGGCAUAUCAAAUAUGCAAGAAUCCUCAUCAUGAUACCAUUGUCUUAACACUUGGAGCAGGUACUUUAUGUUUCUUUCAAUAAUCUCAUCCGCCCUCAUCAGUUCCAUAACAAAGGGACAAUUCUGAAAUUGAAGUGGAGUCAUUGAUGAUUUGAAUCACUCAGGUGAUAUAACAACGGUGGGCCAAAGCUGCUCUAUGAAUUGCAAAGAAGUUACUAGUAAACUCUAACCAAAUACCCCAAACUGGAGAUGGAAAAUAUGAUAACCACUAACCCAUCUGUGACCAAGCCUUUGCAUGAGGUGAUUUGGUUAGAUAAGACGCCAACUAGAAGAAAAGAAAGCAAUUUUGUAAGUGGUUUAAGGGAAACGAAAUGUUCAUCUUGACUGAAACACAUUGCCAUCUAAUGGGAAUAUACAGAAUGAUAAAGUUUAUAGCAGAUGGACUUCAGGCUUUUGUUUCUUGCCACAAGAACUUUGGUGCAGAAAUGAGGAAAGCCAAUGACUAAACUCGAAAGUUACAAGUUCAUUUGGUUGCGAUGUGCAUUCAAGAUUAACAGUUAUAAGCAUAGACAACCAAAUUCAUCAAAUGGUACUGCAAAUAUCAGGCACGAACUUUACAAUCCAUAGAGUUCAAGAGACCAGAUGAACUCAACCAAAAGAAAACUAGCCGACUUUGGAUCACUGCCACUUCGAAAAGUCCAAAACUCUUCACCCUCCGAAAAAUGAGAAGAAGCCGCGCUUCUUGGGCUCUUCCUCAACCAUGACAGCCUUCAUAGUGUCCUGCUCAACAAGUCUCCAUGCAGCCUGCUCGAAAGCCAGUCCAGCCAAUGUGGGUGGCCUAUUCAAAACCAGAGGGUACCCUCUGUUGGUGCUUCGAAUCACCUCCGUGUCCUCCGGAAUCAUCCCCAAUAAUGACAAUCCCAGCAUCUCCUGCACAUCCAGCACAGACAUCAUGUCCUCACCUUUGAUCAUAUCAG